AUGCGUUUUUACUUCAGACUAACUCCAGGACUCCGGGGGUCACUUGUUCGAGCCCUGGUUUGAUGAGCAGCAUAUAAGAAGAAGAAAAACAAGCAAGAUUUAGUUUCCAGCUGAUACGUACAUUUGAUGAUUUUUAAAGUAUUAGUCUAGUAUAUACUACUGUGAGUCGACUCAGUUCAAGACAAUGUGAAACAACUGCAGGCAAUGUGGACAAUCAUAAGUGAAAGAAUCUACCAUAUCAUCCAAAAUGUUAUAUCUGAAGUUUGGAGCGAAAUUCAUCCAUGUCACAAAGAACGUCAAUUAGAACUGUGUGAAUUAAACGCAUCAUGUUAAUUCAGUAUGUUGUCAUAGUAAUUAAUUGCAAAAUAAUAAGCGUAUGUGUUUUCUCAAAACUGGUCUAAUGAAUCAAUAUAAGCAAUUUAAAAUAAUGAACAAACAAAUAACGUAUCCGAGCGAAACUAAGCAGCUUCCCUCGAUCACUAAGGAGAAUCACGCUAAUUCAGGUAGCGAUCUCCAUAAUGAACAAUGCGCAACACAUACAACUGAGAAUUUAAUAUUCUUCUGUGUUGAACAUACCAACAAACUAUGUGGUCGAUGUGUUGUCUCUCAGCACAAAUCUUGAAACGUGGUUGAUUUAUUAGACGUUAAAAUUGACGAUGAAGAAGUUAAACUUUACAUGUCGAAUCUACACGACUUGGAAGAACAACUUAAGUCUACUGAAAAUAAAAUUCAAGGAAAUGUGGACUCCAAUGAAUCUUGUAAACAACUAUUUAUGAAAGAACUUAAACAAUUACGAACAAAUGUUAAUAAGAGGUUUGAUCGUCUUCAGCAAAAAUGCGAAAAACAAUGCAGUGAGACUUUUGAGAGAAACGCUAAGCGUCUUACUCACGUUCGAACAAUUUGCAGCGGACAUAGAAGAAAUAUCAAAGAACUUAAAGAGCUAAUAGAUAAUUUACUUUCACAAAACCACGUACAAAGACUGUAUGUUGCAUUGCGUGAAAAUCAACAAAACCUCCUAGAAGUUAAGAGAAAUCUUACUAUGCUCGACAGAGAAAGUAAUUUUAACGAAUACGCAUUCAAACGCAACAGCGGAUUACAGGCAUUGUUCAAUGACAAGUUGUUUGAUAUUGGUGGUUUGGAGGAGUCGUGUACCGAAAGUGACGAGAUACGCGAGUACCCAGCAUCUGACAAGGUAAUGCAUGUAGAGCUUGCAUCGCGUCCUGAUUCGAGGGCUUCAAAGGAUGAAGCCAAUUAUCUAGAAACUUCACGCAGACAAUUUUUAAGAACACAGUUCUUGGCAGAAAAUCUUGGGGACAAACAAUCGCCAAGCUUUGAUAUGGAAGGUAGAUUUAAUGCUCCUGUUGUCUAUGGGAAAGGAUUUUCUACUCCUCCCCACACCAUGACGUCCUUAUCUCCCAUGCAGCUUGCACGGUCAGACGAUCAGAAUCAAACUCCUCCUCACACCAUGACGUCCUUAUCUCCCAUGCAGCUUGCACAGUCAGACGAUCAGAAUCAAACUCCUCCUCACACCAUGACGUCCUUAUCUCCCAUGCAGCUUGCACGGUCAGACGAUCAGAAUUUAACUUUCCAAAAGUUUUCUAGUCUUGGCCUCGACAAUGACAGAAGGCAAGCGUCUAAGAACUCCCAGGCUCCUAUUAACGAUGAUUUUUUAAGUUUGAACCAUUAUACUGAGGACCAACUUUUGGCUUCUUUCUCAAUAAAUGGCUUACAGAUUGUGCUGUACUACGGGGAUUUGCGUGAAGAAACUAGCGAUGCCAUUGUAAACCCAGCAAACGAGUCCCUUGAGCACUUUGGUGGCAUGGCUUACUUGCUUAGCAAAGCUAGAGGUAGAGAAAUGGAUGAGGAAUGUAGGAAAUACAUCAGAACCAAUGGUAAAUUAAAAACUACAGAAGUGAUGCACACAUCUGGGGGUGGAGCCCUACAAACUUCCAACAUAAUACAUGCAGCUGGUCCAAUGUGGAUAAGUGCCAGCUUCAGGGAGAAAUUUAUGAGGCAACUGACACAGACAUUCCUGAAUUGUUUCACCUACGCUAAUAAUCGCCUGUGGAUCAAGAGUUUGGCUCUCCCUACCAUAAGCACAGGUGUGUAUGGAGCUCCACUUGACAUUUGUGUAAGAUGUUUCCUGUAUGCAGCGUUGCUGUUCCUAAAAUCAAACCCAGAGUCUGAGAGAAGAUUGGCCGACGUCCGUCUUGUGAACAACGAUGCCGAAAGUACUGUAACAUCUAUCGUUCUAGUGCAGACAAUGCUUGAAUCAUCAAUGACAGCAUUGACAGCUGAGGCUGAAAAUGUCAUGGCGAACCCCGCAGAUGAUAGGUUUAGCUUUUUGGAGACUAAAACCAGAUCUUCUGACCUCGGUUUUUCUCUGCGUUUACCUAGAGGCAGACCAGAGAGUAGGCGGUCCACUAGUCCAACCGAUGAAGGAAAGGAGAGUACCUCAUCAAUAUCUACUAGAAGGGGAAAAAAGCUACCAAAGCGAGAAAAUGUCUUGCCGACUCAACCAUUGGCGAAAUUUAAAUAUCACCUUCUACCAACAUACCGUCCACAUCAUACGUUGGUAAAGGCAAGGGAAAAGCAGCAAGCAAAAAGAAGACUGCCCCCAAAGUCAAUAAGUUAAUAUCUUCAUCCAGUGAAGAGGAAGGAAUGGAAAUCCCAUCAGUUGAAUCAGCAGAAAUUCCAUCUCCUUCUUGUUCUCCAUGUGCCUUGAGCACACAGUCAUGGAGAACAAGAAGGAUAAGGGAUUUCUGAUGAAUCAGCAGAAGAAGGUGUUUUAUGUUCAAUGUGUUAUACGAACGAGAGAGAUGUGGACUGGAUUAAUUGUGACAGUUGCUUGAAGUGGUUUCAUAGAUCUUGUGCUUGCUUAAAAAUCAUUUGAAAUGGAAAAGAAUUACAGCUAAUGUGGGUGCAACCUUUUAUUGCAAUAAGUGUAAAUAAGGUUAUUAUUAUGGUUAAUUGUUUAUCAAAUGACACAUUUUAAACUGUCCCAAAUUGAGAGAAGUUUCAUUCAACGCAUACAAUUCUACAAGUAUAUGAUUGAUUUGGUAGGAUAUAAAUCAUUAUAAUAAAAGGAGAAAUUGCUUAAGAUGAGUAAAAGUUUUAAGUAACAAUUGUGACAGCGUUUAUUGUAAUAAGCAAUUUCUCCACGUGUUACAAAAUGUUCAAUUCAAUUUCAGAAUGAAAUGAUAAUUUGCUCAAGAAAAAAAAAUGUCAUCUGCUGAUGCUUUGAGUUCUUAAAAGCCUCAAAGUUCUGUAUAGUGUAAUAAGACACUGUUUACCCAUUACCCAAUAUGGAGUAUUGAGACUGGUUAAAACUGAAAGCACAAUUCAUCUGUAGAUAUUUCCAGAUGCCUUUAGACCCAAUAAUCUGGGUGAGACUUAAAUCCAUUUUAUAAAAAUAAAUUAAGCCUCUCCCUGUUUUGAUAAUUUUGUAACGCAUGUAGUUAAUGUUUUCAGUUGUUGUUUUCUGCACAUGUGUAAAUAGGUGUUUCUAUUAGGGAAAGGGUUAAGAAUUGUUAUAUACAUGUAUGUGUACUUGUAAUAAAAUUCUUUGUGGCUACUGUUUAAGUUUGUUCCAUUUUGUAUCUCAAUAUUUGCAUAUGUCAAACUUUGUCUGGACCAUAAUCAGAGCUCUAGAUUUCAAACCUGUUAAUUUGUUAAUUUUGAGCAAUCCCCUAUAUUGUUGGUACUCAUUAGAAUCAUCUUAAUUAGACAAUUUUAAUGAGCACCAACAACAUACGGUUUAGUGAACAACCAGCAUGUUAUUGCCUAGUAUAGACCCCUUCACUUCUCUUAUCGAGAGCCCUGCAUAAUUCUGCAACUCUAGAUGAACUUGAUGCAUCUGUACAAUAAGAAACACUUUUGUUAUCUAAACAACUUCCAAUUUAAGUAAAUUAUUUUACCCUUACAAUUAUACUCACUUUAAUGCUUCUACAGCAGAUAACUUUUGAUAACAGUGUCACAGAAGAUAAAAUUGCUCAUUAUAACCAACUUAUUCUUUUGUGACAAUUUGUUAUCAAUUUCAUUUUUUUAUUUAAUUUUAAACAUAAUGUUUCUCAACUUUGUUUUUGAUUUGAUCAAGACAAAUUCUAUAUGAAAUGGGUUCAGUUUUUAUUAGUCAUAUGAACAGGUUUUAUUUUUUUAAAGACUAAUGAUUUGUUAGAUGUUUUUUGAGUUGUCUGCUACAAAAUAUCAUGCAGCAGAAAUGUAAGUGGUUUUGACCUUAAAUAUGGGGGAAAGGAAAAAGUGCUUUUUAUUUGCAUGAAGGGUGGUAUUAUGUUAUUAUAUAAUGUCUCUCUGUCUGUCCCUCCAUACGUUUGCACAAUAUUGUGUGCACUACAUCGUAAAGCAUUCUCAAUUGUCUCAAUGAUUUGAAUGUCAAUGUAUAAAUGUUUUCAAAUGUCUGCUAACUCUUUAAAAGUUGCUUGUAUUAGGGAAUGAGUUAAAUGUAUGUUCAUGUGUUUAGGGGUUUAACCCUUGCCUUUUGGUGCCCUUUCAGCAAACAUUUUUAAACCUAGAAACAAAGGAGGGAUUUUCACAUAAUUUGCACAUUUUCCUAUUAUUUCAAUGUUUAAAUUUUAAUUUGGUAAGUAAACUGCGUGUCAUAAAGAGUGUGCUUCUUUUGUCUAUAUGCUUUCAAAGUCGAUUACUGUAAAUUCUUUAAACAAGUACAUUUUACGAGUUUGUGGCCAUUGACUCUGAAGUCAUUGUGGGAAAAGGAGAAAUUGCUCAAAGUGAACAGUUCUCUUUAACCAAACUGAUUUCUAUCCUACCAAAAUAAGUUCUUCAUAUUAGAAUUUAAAUUGUAAUCUGCAACAGAUUAUAAUUUCUGACAUUCGGUUCCAAAAUCUGUUGUUUGGGAAAGUUUUAAACCAAGUGUUUUGAAUAGUCAUGCAGUUCACAAAAAUUACCUUACACAAAUAAUAGUUUUACACUUCAGUAAAUUAUAAACCCGUGCAGAUUACUGUUAUUAUCAUUGUAAUAAAGAGAGAAUUUGUUAAUUUUGAGAAAUUUCUCUUUGUAUGACAAUGAUUUCUACCCAACCAAAUCAAUAUUCAAUAAUAUAAAAAUUGCAUGAAUCAUCUGCAACGUCUUUAAAUUUUGGACAGUCCAACAUUUGUUUUUGG